AUGACAAGUAAUGAACAUCAACAACAUAAAGAUGAAAACAGUCUUAUUAUUUUCUUUAAAGUUCGUGGUAAAAUGAGAGCCACAUCAUUUAAUGGGAAAACUUUAGAGGAUUUGAACGACUUAUUCCUAACACUUUUCCCAGAAUAUAAUAAAGAUACAUUAACACCAUUCAUUAUUAAACAUAGACAAACUAAAACAUUAUACGAAUUGGAUGAAAUUAGCGAUUUAUAUCCAGGUUGUACUCUAGAGAUGAGAAAAGGUUCUUCUGAUUUGAUUACAGAAGGUAAAAAAAGACAAUAUGUUUAUACAGGAUUUGAAUCUGAUAAGAUUGUUGUGGUAAUGGUUGGAUUACCAGCAUCAGGUAAAACAUAUAUUAGUAGAAAAGUUAGAAAUUUAUUAAAUUGGAUGGGUGUACCAGCAAAGGUAUUCACUGUUGGAGAUUAUAGAAGAUUAAGAUUAGGUGCAAAACAACCAGCUGAAUUCUUUGAUCCUGGUAAUAUAGAUGCAUCUAGGGUUAGAUUACAUAUGGCGGUCGCUGCAAUUGAUGAUAUGAUGGCUUGGUUAAAUUCUGGCGCUCAAGCUGGUAUUUUCGAUGCUACAAAUUUAACAACUGAAAGAAGACAAUUAAUUUUAUCAAGAUGCGCAAGAGAAGGUAUUGAAAAAGUAAUUUUCGUUGAAUCUUUUAUGACUGAUAAAAAAAAAAUUGAAACAAAUAUGAUUGAAAAUUGGAAAUCAUCACCAGAUUAUGAACAUCAUAGUCAAGCAGAAGCAGUCAAUCAUUUUAGAGAAAGAUUAUCAUAUUAUGAAAAGGAAUAUGUUAGCAUUGAUAAAUCUGAUCAACUUCAAUUUAUUAAAUUAUUUGAUGUUGGUAAAAAGAUUAUAGCCAAUAAUAUUACAGGUUAUUUACCAAGUAGAAUUAUGUUUUUAUUAAUGAAUUUACAUUUAACACCACGUCCAAUUUUAUUAUGUAGAUCUGGUGAAUCUGAAUGGGAAGUUUUAGGAAGAAAAGGUGGUGAUUCAGAAUUAACAGCAGAAGGUGAGAAUUUUUCACAUAGAUUAGCAUCAUGGGUUGAUGAAAAUUCACAAAAUGAAGAAGUUACAGUUUGGACAUCAACAUUUAAGAGAUCAAUUAGAACGGCACAAUAUAUACCACAUCCAAAAAUUCAUGUAAAAGCAUUGGAUGAUUUAGAUCGUGGAGAAUGGCAAGGUUUAAAAAGAGAGGAUAUCUUAAAAAAGAUGCCAGAAGAAUUUGGUGCUCAUAGUGAUGAUAAAUUAGGCUAUAGAAUACCAAGAGGAGAAUGUUAUUUAGAUGUAAUUCAAAGAUUAGAAUCUGUAAUUCUAGAAUUAGAGAGAACUAAAAACACAUCACUAAUAGUUAGUCAUCCAGCACCAUUAAGAUGCUUAUAUGGCUAUAUCACAGGUGAACCAAUUGAAAAAUUCCCAUAUAUUAAUAUACCAUUAAACACUGUAAUUUCAUUAUUACCAACUGCAUAUGGAUGUGAAGUUAAAACUUAUAAAUUAAUGUAA